AUGGCUGUCCCGGAAACAACAUAUGACUUUAUCGUCUGCGGUGGCGGUACAUCCGGAUGUGUUAUUGCUGCACGUCUUGCUGAAGAUCCCAAUGUCAAAGUCCUCGUCAUCGAGGCCGGCCAACACAAUGAACAUCUUGAGAACGUCCACAUGGUUGGAGGAUGGUCUCAGAACUUUGACAAGGAGACUGAUUGGAAUGUCGUCUCUACACAAGGCUCUGGUGUCAACAACCGUCAAGUGAAGCUCAGUCGAGGCAAGUUCCUUGGCGGCUCUUCAGGAUGCAAUGGUACCUUGAUGGUCAAGGGAAUGAAACAAGAUUAUGAUGACUGGAACCUCCCUGGCUGGAGCGGCGAUGACAUGUUCAAGUAUAUGCUCAAGGCUGAGCACUUUCACACAAAAGACUGGUUCAAGGAGACCAAGGGAUCUCACGGUUAUGAAGGCCAUGUUCACACCGAACCUCAUGACUUGGCUCCCAUCUCCAACAUGAUCGCAGAUUCCAUGGUAUCAAAGGGUCUUCCCCUGGAUCACGACAUGUUUGCCACUGGCGAAAACCCCCACGGAUGCGGUCACUCAGUCAGAACAGUCCACCAAGGUCUCCGUACUACAAGUGCAGACUUUAUCACCAAGCAAAAGCCCAGAGACAACCUCCACCUCAUGGUCGAGACUCAUGUUGAAAAGGUGCUUAUUGAGAAGGAUGCCCAGGGUGAGCUCAAGGCUACCGGUGUCCGAGCUGCCAAGCCUGAUGGUACUUUCGUUGAGUUCAAGGCUUCCAAGGAAGUUAUCGUCAGUGGAGGAGCUUACUGCUCGCCCAACAUCCUUAACCGAUCAGGCAUUGGUGCCAAGGAUGAGCUCGAGAAGCACGGUAUUACUACCCUUGUUGACCUCCCAGGUGUCGGAAAGAACCUCCAGGAUCAUCUGAUCGUCUUUAUGUUCUACGAGACGGAAAAGGAGGGCCUCACAACUGACUCCCUACUUUACCACGGUGACGCUCUGUCAAAGGCCCUCACCCAAUGGAAGGAGGAGAAGAAGGGUCCCAUGACUGUGUUCCCAUUUGGUAUCUUCGCUUACGCCCGAAUCGACGAGCGUCUCAAGGACUCUGAGAUCUGGAACUCUGCUCCCCGAAAGGAAGGCCGUGAUCCUAUGGGCCUGACUCCCAAGCAGCCCCAGAUCGAGUUCUUCACUACUGAAUGCUACGGUGGCCCUAAACAGUACGACCAAUUCCCUAUCAACGGAAAGCAUGCAUUCAGCAUGAUUGCUGAGCUCUUUGCUCCCAAGUCUCGCGGUACCGUGACCCUCCGCAACACCGAAGCGACAGCUAUCCCCGUGGUGGACUGCAACUACCUCUCAGACCCUCUGGAUCUCGAAGUCCUCGCCGAGGCGUGCGCAUUCGGUAAUGAGAUCAUCGUCGAGGGUGCUGGUACAAAGGACAUUGUCAAGGGCUCGUGGCCUGCUGACCUGGUGCACCACAAGCACAAGACGCGCGAGGACUGGAAGGAGUACGUCAAGGACAACGCCACUACGUGCUACCACGCCAGCGGAACUUGCGCUGCUGGAAAGAAGGGCGACCCCAAGGCUGUCGUUGACGAGAAGCUUCAAGUUCACGGUGUUAAGGGGUUGAGAGUUGCUGAUUGCUCCAUCAUGCCUACUAUCAACAACGGACACACCCAGAUGCCUGCUUAUGGAAUUGGUGAGAAGGCAGCCGAUAUGAUUAAGGAGGCGUGGGCUUAG